AUGGUUCUUGAAGAUUCAGAUCAAGAGAUUACUGGCUCUUUUCAAUAUUUUAUGCCACCACCAACUGCUUCUUUCUUAUUUGAAGAGGACAGUAACGAUGAUGUUGAUCCUAAUACUCCAUUAACUCAUGCUCAAAAGGAAUUAAUUGAGGCAACUAAUACCAAAGUUGAUUUCGUUAUCAUUGUUGUGAAAGAUUUAUCUAAAAAGUUCAGGAAAGGAAAAAUGAGCAUUAUUUCUGAUGAAAAGAUUAAUCUUAUACUCACUAAGGAAGAGAGAAAAGCUCAAGUUGUGCGACACAAUGAGCUUGAUGACUUAAAAGCUCUUAACAAAACUCUUGAUCAACUGGAAGCUGAGAAACAAAAUUCUGUUAAGAUUGAACCAUCUAAAAGAACAUUAUUUCCUGAAUGGACUAUUGAUCGAAUGGAUAAAGAUACGAUUAAGAAAGUGAAUCCAUUUUGGUUGGAACCAAAUACAUCUUUUUGGUGA